UGAAUUAAGGGCGUGGCUCUGAGAUAAUUGAGUGUAAACCUUAGAAAUAGGCCCUGUGGGCUCGGUCUAAUCCGUUAUAAACACAGUAAAAGGCAUGAUGAUUAUGAAGAGUUGUUAUUGUACAGAUCGGCUCGCGCUCACGGCGGUGUUAACGGUGUUAACGGUGUUAACCGGAGGCGCGCGCGGGGCCCGCGUUUGGAAAGACGGCCCGCAGGUCGGACCGGAUGGGAGACAGUACAAAACCGCGGGGAUCCAGUCUAGAGACUGGAGCAAGCCGCUGGCUGUCAGCGUGCACUGUACCGAAAACAGCAUGGUGGUAAGAGCGCGCGCUGAUCUCUACGGUACUGGGCGGCUCGUGACCGCGAGUGAGCUGCGACUCGGACCGGAAUUCUCGGCGGGAAACUGCGGGGCGAUUCAGCGCGAGGACACCGAGGUCGUGAUUACAGCGGGACUGCACGAGUGCGGCGCGUCACUGCGGGUUGAAGACGACAGUUUGGUUUACUCGAACACUCUGUUCCACACUCCACCCCUGAACCGCUUUGGCAUCGUCAGGUCAGUGGGUGUGGCCAUCCCCCUCGUUUGCCGCUACAAGAGGACUCACUUUGUUAGCAGUAAUAUCCAGUCAAUUCCUGUGAGCCCUGCCCUUGUGAUCUCCUCCCCAACCACGCCUGUGUUCUCGCCUCAGUUAGCGACCGAUGAUUGGAUAUCUGCGAGAUCGGUGGACAUGUUCAAGUCUGAAGUCGUCAGCAUGGUGGCGUCUGUUCUCAGCGCUCGUCACAGUGUCUUUAAACUCUUCCUGGAUCGCUGUGUGGUGAAGCUGGGGCCUGACACUGAAGCCAUGCCCAGUUGUGACCCCAUCAAUUACCAUAGGUGUCCUGCUGACUCAGGAUCAGCUCAGUCCUCCACCUCCUUCCUGCCCGGGGCAGAUGGUCAUGUGCUGAGGGUGAAACUCGACCUGCUGCGUUCACUCGGAGACAACGGAUUCCCCGGCUCCUCUAUGUUCCUCACGUGCUGGAUGAAGACGGUUGAUCCAGUUCAGGAGAAGAACUCUGUGAAUAGAGCAUGUAGCUACAUGGGGAACAGCUGGAGCAGUGUUGAUGGGAAGCACAAGAUGUGCAAGUGCUGUGAUAGGAAGUGUGAUUUCUUCAGACAGAGGAGUGCAUGAGGCCCAAGAGCAUUGCAUCAUCAGGCUCUGCGCCGCUCACACUCUGCUCCAUCGUCCUGCAGAACUGAACUCUAUACUGCAUCUCAAUAAACCCUCAGUACAAUCAAGUGAAAUUUAUCACACAUGCAGCACAUGUUCCCAUCCUGGUCCUGGCGAUCCCUCUGUCCCGUACAUUUCAUUAACAGCGGCUCAUUGUGUGUGUGUGUGUGUGUGUGUGUGUGUGUGUGUGUGUGUGUGUACUGAAAUGUGCAGCACAAGGUGUAAGUUUUUCUCCAAGACCAAAGCUUUAACCCUGUACUUUACAAAUGUAUAAUUCCAGUCCUGUUCAUUUCCUAAUUAGCUGAUGUGCUAAAAGUUAAGACACAGUGUUCACAGUGAAGUGUUGUGAAACGUUCAGGGUUUCAUCCUUCUUCUUUAUUAACUGCUUUGUUCAACAUUUUGGGAAGGGAACUGUGCCACAGUGCAUCAGUGGUGAGCAAGCUUCCUGAAAUCUGUACCCGAACUCGACGCGUCUUCUCACACGCUGGGCGGAGCAGAACAAGGCCAAGUCUGGUGAAACACUUCUAAAACAGGUUCACUGCAUUUCCUGUAUGAGGGAGAUAUGAAACUGGUCCAUAUCAGAACCUGUGUGUGUGUGUGUGUGUGUGGUGGAUUUUGAAUGUGUGUGUUCUUGUGAUUGAUGGGUAUAAACUGUGUUUUAAGUGGCAUUAUUUAGUUGUUAAUCACUUAUUGUGAUUGAAUUAUUUGUCUAUAAAAAUUCCAGAUAGACUUGAA